ACAGUAACAAGUUUCGAUUGAAGUCUUCACGCGUUGUAAUUGAAAAAACAAACCAUUGUUUUGAUAGUAAUUACUAAAAGUCGAGAAUGAAGGUCGAUUUGCGGAUGUAAAUUCAGUUUAAAAUCUGUCUUGUGUGGGACAACUUGUGUGAAAUGAACAUAAUCACGUUGUUUGUGGCAAUCAACCUGUGUUAUGGACAACUAUCUGGUGGCGUCUUACCUAACAUUAAAAAAGCGCGAGAGCUUGCAGAUGAGAUCACCAACCAUCCCCUGGUAACCAUCGCGACUGAAGCUUCGGAGAACAUCCUCACCACCGCUGUACAAACAUUCAAUAGAAUCCCGGUGGCGCUAGCUCGAAGGCUUAAUGUGAACAGCGUUUUACCGAUCCUAAUCAGCGACAGUAAUGCACUCGGUUCUGUUAAAUCUUUUCUCGAUGACUACAACGCUGGCCUGGAGAACGAAGACGUCCGAUUAGAUAUCGUACAGAUAAUUACUAAAUAUAGAUAUCCGAUACAACACCAUCGUGUCAUCACUGAAGAUGAAUACGAUCUGAGCUUGUUCAGGAUACCGAGUGACGGCCCUGUUGUGUUUCUCAUGCAUGGCCUGCUGGGGAGCGCUGAUGACUACGUGGUUGCUGGUCCAGAAAGUGGACUAGCUUAUUUGCUUGCUAAUGAGGGUUACGACGUUUGGAUGGGGAACGCCCGUGGGAAUAAACACUCCCGGCGACAUCUCCGCCUGAAGCCUUCAGAUCCUGAUUUUUGGGAUUUCUCCUGGCAUGAAAUAGGCAUAAAUGAUCUACCAGCCAUGAUUGAUUACGUACUGGAAAUUACGAACAAAACAACACUAAAGUACAUCGGUCACUCGCAAGGCACUACAUCGUUCUUCGUCAUGGCUUCGGAAAAACCAGAAUACAACGAGAAAAUAUCGCUGAUGGUCGCGCUGUCGCCGGUGGCUUUCAUGUCGAACGUAAGAUCGCCAGUGGUGAGGUUUUUAGCUACUGGAACUCCUGUGCUACACGGAUUAUCCACAUCACUGGGCUUGUACGAGUUCCUUCCAGACAAUUCCUUUGUAAGAAUAUUGAAGUUAUUCAUGUGUGGCGUAGGGCCUCUUUCCGAAAUCCUGUGUAGUAACGUAAUGUUUCUAAUUUCUGGUUUGGGAUUCAGCCAGCUGAAUGUAACCAAUCUGCCUGUAUUCUUCGGUCAUUCGCCUUCUGGUGCGUCGGCGAAACAGUUCGCUCAUUACGGCCAAGGAGUUUUGUCGGGCGAUUUCCGACAAUUCGAUUACGGUGCGGCGGAAAAUUAUAAUAGAUACGGGACGGUAGUGCCUCCGAGGUAUGCGCUAGAGAAGGUGGUUGCCCCAGUUUCGCUCUUUUACAGCGAUGAAGAUUGGCUCGCGCACCCCGACGAUGUUGACCAACUUUACAAUAUGCUGGGUAAUGCUGUGGAUAUUUAUAAAAUUCGUUACAAACCGUUUAAUCACCUUGAUUUCCUUUUCGCAAAGGAUUUUAAAUAUUUAAUUUAUGAGAGACUUCGCAAAUUAUUGUUAUUUUUUUAAUUUAAAUAUAAAGAUAAAUGUCGCAAGGACGUACAAUUAAUGAUGCCGUUUAGUAUAUUAAAAAAAAUAAUUAUGUGAAUCAAGUAAUUAACAAAAUAAAACUGACUCCAAAAACCACUACAAUCCAAAAAAUAAUGUAACCUUACACACACAAAGAAGAUAAUUAUAUAUUCUUUCCAAUUCGCAUUUUCCUGUUAAUAUGCACAUUAAAUAUUUUAGGAGUCCAUGCCUAAUUAAAAUUCAAAACAUCGUUUCAUGUAUUUCUUUGUUACUUAGUUUAGCUGGCAAUUUAGGAUUUGGGACCUGUCAGCAGAAGCUAGUCUUGUUUCUUAUUAAUCCUCAUUAUAAAUGUGGAUGUUUACUAAGAUGUUUGGAUCUUUGGGAUUCUUUAAGAAGUAGGUUUUUGUACGCUUAAACUCCCGAACGCAUUUAAAUGAAAUUUAGUUCACCGAUGAUUAUGAAUCACGUCAUCAAUUUCAAAUUUAGUAUUUAAAGUUUACACCGGGAAAUCUCAUUCAUACGGGCAGAGCCACGCGCUAAAACUAGAAACUAAUCUUAUAAUGCCAGAGAUUUAGUAGCUCUUCAUUCAAGGGAUCUAAUGCCUUAAUCUUCAAACUGAUGAUAAAAACAAAACCUGAAUACAAAAACAAAUAAAACAUAGGAAAUUGAUCGGGUGACUUGCAGAAAGUUCACGAGUUGGCCGCGUGUCAUCAAAUUGUUUGGUUCAGCUUUUCGUGACAAUAAUAAGUGCAGGGCGGGUGUUAGAGCGACUACCAAGGGUGAGGGUCAGGGGGGCAAGUUGAUAUGGGGAAAAGUAUGAAUUGUAGGAAAGUUGAGAGCACAUGUUCUUCUCCACGCCCCCUCUCCCGUUUUAACAAUAACAUAGAGUAGAGCGUAAUUGAGCGUACGGAAUAUAAGGAAUGGAAUUGGUGAAUUCACUUGAGUUUCUACGUACUCGAAUGAUCGAUCAAGAAAGUCAAGUCAAAUUAAAUACUUAAGACUUUGGUUGCUUUACAUUUGGGGGUUGCCCCCCCCCCCCUGGCGAGUACGGUGGCCAAGACUCACUGAUUAUUUUGUGUACGUACGUAUGAUAUGUUAUUAUCACAUGAAAUAAGGUUUUGAAGAAAACGAAAUACAUAAAAACUCAUAUCAUUAGUUACCGUCUAUCACUGAAGAAGUACUGUUUCUUAAAUUGUAAUUUGGCGGUAUGUGCUUUCACUGUUCAAAUACCACUCGUAGUUAAACUUGACUGUUACAAUUUCAAAGGGAAUUAUUUCAUGAAAAGUGUAACGAAGUAAAGCCUCUUCGAUCUGAACAUCGAGCCAGGUUUAUGCGAAACCCACUAAAUUUACGCUAACCCUAUAUAUAUAAUAUCUAUUCAUUAUUUUACCGAUCGCACUCUGAAUGCGGCCCUGUUUGCAAUCUAAGUUGUGUAUUUUAACAACAGACGGUUGUUCGAUAACGCUGAAUUUGCGAAAACUAUGUUCGAUAUACCUAACUUCAUUGAAUUGUGUCAGCGAUUUACACUGGUUACAUAUUAUUUUAUUUAGUUUUUUAAAUAAAUUAUAUAGUCAGGAUUCUAUAGCCAUUCUGGAUGCCGAACAUCAGGGAUGAUGGAUGGGGGACAAUGGGAAAGAAUUAGUUGCAUUGUCCCUCAGUACGACACACACACAUACAUACACAUCACGCAUUACGCAUUAGCCCCGAAGGGGUAUGCAGAGGCGCAAUCAGGGCACUUACAUUUCGCCAAGACUGUUCUGUCUCAUGAUGUGUUAGAGAGUGAGCCUAUCCCCAUAUCGCGCACAAAUUUCAGACUCAUCAAAUCCCGAAUCGGGCAAAGUGAUAUUUGAACCUAGGACCUCAGAGCGCUGCCGUACCGCGCACGCAGUAAAACUUCGCGACCGGUACAGUCCAGUAUCAGGAGCAAUUGGGGCAAAAGGGUAAAUAUUGUGAAAAGGGGAAAAUGAACAUCGCAAUAUUUUUCCUGUUUAUCAAUAUUUCCAACUGUGCCCUAUGCUAUGUUGUGGGAUAGACAAAGUAGUCCCUGAGACGCGCCGAGCUUCACCGUUCGGUGUCGUUAAAUGCGUGCCACUGCUGAUCCUGGCUUACAGGAGUUAUAGCGGUGGCUGUGAGGGCGGGAAAGUCCCUGCUGUCCAUCAAUGGUGGGCAAAACGUGGGGGACAAGGGGAAUAGAUGGCUCAUUUUCCACGUAAAAUAGUUUUGACUCUGCAGACGAGCACUGAGCAGUUGGCUUAUGUUACCUGAUGGUAUUCGCGCCUGAUCAUGAACACUAGCAACGUUAACCACAAAGAUGACUGUUUUCGCUUGUUGCUAUUAUUUUGGAGCAGGCGCGGUAGUUCAACAAACAUGCGACAUGUUAGUCAGUGACGUCAAGGGUAGUGUAGUUGGGGAAGGGGCGAGAGGUAAACACUUUCAGGUGGGCGGCAAAAUGCCUAAAAUAAAACCUUUGUUUAACUUUUGUCGCAUGUACCAGUGGUUAGAAGGCGCUCGCGUGAUUCUUUCGUUUCGUUUUUGGAUCCGCCCGGGCGGCAAAAACCCACGCUACGUCAUUAUUGCCAGUCUCGCUUUUCGAGUAAAUAAUCUAAAAAUUACCUACCGAAGUCAGGUCAAUCAAUCACCUCCAGAGGUAAAAAAUAUAUUCUCGCCAUUUUGGGCCCAAAUUCUAGACUGAGGGCUAAUAUUGAGCGGAAUAAUCCGAAAUCUUAAAAAUAUUGUAAACAUAAAUUAUGGUAAUAUGAGUAAAUAUUUAACAAGGCAUUUUAUUCUAAUCACUUCCCACUGUAUGUACUCUGUCCCAUGAUGUGAUAGAUCGAACCCAACAACACCACCAAGGGAGUGUAUUAUGUAACAUACACAAACAUGAAUCCAUCUACAUUGACAUCAGAAAGUUGUAGUUUCUCUAUUUUUUUAUAUAAACUACUUUGAGAUAGUAUUCGGUCACCAUAUUUUCUUGUCAUAAAAAUAAAACAAGUAAUAUUU